AACAAAUUGAUGUAAAAUAUUUAAUAAAAAAAAAAGUAUUAUUAAUGAUAAAUUAUGACGCAGCGACAUCUUGAAUAAAAUAGAGAACUAAUCUGGGAAUUAUUUCCGGGCCAUGUGAUAGAUGGCAUCACCAUCUUUGCGAAAUGUCACUUCAAGGCGUCUGUCUCCCCCCUGUCAGAGAGUACAAUUUAGAUUUUUCAAAUUCUCAUUGUAAUUAUGAUUUAUAUACUAAUUAUUAAAUAGAACACAUGACAAAUAUCUAUAUUUAUUGUGACGACCAAUAGUUCCAUUAGUUCUAGUCAGAAAUGUUACUUAAUGACUCGCCAUAUGACAUAGAAUUUUUCUACAAUUUUUACGUGAAAUUCCUUGCGGAAUUGUUGUUGUAUUUUAGGAAUUUCGCUCUUUAUAUAAGCUUAUGGCUGUUGGGCUAUGUGUUAGUGUGUUGUGUGGUGUAUCGGCGGUAUGCAAGGCGGUUACCGACGAGGACUCGUGGAGCUUUAGGCGCGAAGAGAGUGUUGGUAGUGGUGGCUCACCCGGAUGACGAGUGCAUGUUUUUCGGGCCCACGAUCUUCAGAUUGUGCGAGCAGGGUGCUGACGUGCAUGUGCUGUGCUUAUCUAAUGGUAACUAUGAGGGCAAAGGCCGUUUAAGACGAAAAGAGUUAUGGGAUGCGUGCAAUGAGCUGGGUGUUCCAGACGAGAACAUAUGUUUAAUUAACGAUGAUAGACUGCAGGACAAUCCGAAGAUCAACUGGCCAGCACCAGUGUUGGCUAAGCUAAUCCAUCACCAUUUAGAAUCAAUAGACAUAGAUACGCUUGUUACGUUUGACCGAGGAGGUGUCUCUGCACACGCCAACCACUCCGCUGUGUUCUACGCUGUUGCUUAUAUGUUCGUUGAGAAGUUAAUACCACAAAGAUGUACUGUGUACACAUUAGAUUCAGUGAAUUUGUUCAGGAAAUACAUUGGAUUUCUUGACUUACCACUUAGUUUCUUAUUGUCUUCUAAAAGAUACUUUCUACGCUGGACGGAAAGUCGUCGCAUAGUCAGAGCGAUGAAGAAGCAUCGUUCACAAAUGGUAUGGUUCCGGUAUCUCUACGUGUUCUUCUCAAGAUACAUGAUCAUAAACACGUUACGGAGAAUCAGUCUCGCUGACAUAGAGCUUGAAUUGGAAGUCGAUGAUUAAGUACAAAGACUAAGCGAAAAUAAAACAAUAAGGUACCUACUUCAGAACAAAAUGAAAAAUGUGGACCGAGCACGCACAGUCGCGGGUAGCCGUUGAGGUUUUUAUUAAUUAUUUAUUACUAGCUGACCGGGCAAACUUCGUAAUGCCUAUAAUUUUUUUCACACCUUUUAAACCUUCCUUGGAACCUCCCUCUUCUUCCACGAAUACUUCAAGACCAAAAUUGGCCAAAUCGGUUCAGCCCUUUUCGAGUUUUAGCGAGACUAACGAACGGGAAUUCAUUUUUAUUUAUAUAGAUUUUUAAUAGUAAUGUUUGACUUGGCGAAGACUCAUUGUAUUCAUGGGAUCAUAAUAUUGGUCUCGAUAAAAGCUCCUAAAAUGAGAUUGAGUCAAAUUAUUAUGUAAAAUGUAACGCGAGUCUCAACAAUGAUUACGACAGGCAUUGGUCGCUAAGUCAGAUUCUUUUUAUAUGAAUUUUCAAUAGUCGCCGCGUCACGGGUGGCGGAAUGCUGCUCAUGAAUGUGAUAAUGAGUUUUUGUCGUCAUCAUUGUCGAGAGUACCAGCACAGAGAUCGGAAUAAGGACUGCUGUUUAUUUACUUACCAGACGACGGCAAUAAUGCAGUGAAAGUUCCAUUUGUCCAUUGACUGCUAAAGUCAAGAAUUAAGGCCGUGCACUGCGUUAGGCGGGCGCCCGCGUUUCGUGCUGUUUCAUGCAAUUCCAUAGAUCAGCGCUGCAUACAGCGGGUCGCCCGUCGCACGUGAUCUAUGAGAUGCCUGCGCCGUUCGCACGCCUGACGUGUAUGUGCCGCCGGUGUAGUGCAGUUUCCUAAAGUAUGGGUCGUUAGCAAAUUUUUAUUAUUAUCAAAUUAGGUCAGGUCUAUAGAAAACACACUAACCAAUCAUUGUGUAUUUUACUUCUCAUAUCAUGGUCACGGUUUAAUUUCCUCAAAGCCAGUUCUGAGUUUGGUAACUUGAUUUAGAUAGAUCGUAGCCCAAACAACUUCGAGAACCACUGGUCUAGUGGUUUGACACCUCUAUUGCACUGACUGGACAUCCCGCUUCACUAGUGACAUCUAGUGAGCAAUAGAAUAAAUAGUCUUUAUUGUCCGCUAGUCUGUUAUUUAGUAUAGGUAUUAUUAUAUAAGGUGAACCUUGCUGUUGACGCUUCUGAGAUGAAUUUAUUUAAACUAAUUAUCUAUGUAUAUAUGUAUUACUUAUGUAAGUAAUGUAAUAGUGGUUGUUAACUUAGUAUGUGUUCAUGGUUUCGUGUAUAUAUAUACAAAUAGUAUAAAUAUGACAAGAAAGAAAAGAUAUAUGAAAUAUAUAGAAACAAGUAAGAAACCUGACUGCCUCGUUGGCUGAGUGGUCGCAAGUGCGACUGCUGGGCAAAUGGUAUCAGGUUUUGUUCCCGGUUGGGCAAAAUAUAACUGGGUUUUUAUAAAAAAAAUCUCAGUAGUAGCAUAGAGUCUGGAAUUGUGCCCGGUAUAUGACAAUA